GAGUCGUACGCCUACUCUCUCCGCAACACUCUCAACGACCCCAAGGUCGACGAGAAGAUUGAGGCCGCCGACAAGGAGACCCUCAAGUCCGAGAUCGACAAGAUCGUCCAGUGGCUCGACGACAACCAGCAGGCCUCUACUGAGGAGUACGAGUCUCACCAGAAGGAGCUUGAGGGUGUCGCCAACCCCAUCAUGAUGAAGUUCUACGGAGCUGGU